CCAGGUAACUGAAUUCCCACGACGAGAUAAAUGUGCUGACUUCAAAAGAAUCAAACGCAACAAUGGCUAAAAUUCACCUGUAAUUUCUCUGUUUCUAGUUCAAUCUUAUAGAUACGUAGGUUUGGGUUUCCUUCCGUAUCAACAAUGGCGGCGUCGGCGGCAGCAGCGGUGGCUUUUAACGGAGUGAAGAUGAAUAGUGUAGUAUCACAAGCGUAUCUGGAUUGCAAGCCAGUUAAGGAUACCAGGGCCUUGAUAUCGGAGCUAUGCCGUCAUUUCUAUACUCUUGGAUGGGUAUCCGGGACUGGUGGUAGCAUCACAAUCAAGGUCCAGGAUGACUCCAUUCCUCGCCCUCAGCAGCUCAUCCUCAUGUCCCCUUCUGGUGUUCAAAAAGAGAGGAUGGAACCGGAGGACAUGUAUGUCUUAUCAGCAAAUGGAUCUAUCAUAUCUUCACCAUCUCCAAAGCCAUAUCCUCAUAAGCCGCCCAAAUGUUCUGACUGUGCUCCUCUUUUCAUGAAGAGCAAGGCCAAGUGCCAAGUGCCUGCAUUGAGGAAAAGGCCGAGAAAUUUCAAUCAAAAGGCAUAUGAAAUGCGUAAUGCUGGAGCUGUUAUUCACAGUCAUGGAAUAGAAUCUUGUCUUGCAACGAUGAUCAAUCCACAGGCAAAAGAAUUUCGUAUUACUCAUAUGGAGAUGAUAAAAGGUAUCCAAGGACAUGGUUAUUAUGAUGAACUUGUUGUGCCAAUAAUAGAGAAUACAGCCUACGAGAGCGAGCUCACUGAAUCUCUUGCUAAAGCUAUAGAAGCCUACCCAAAGGCAACAGCUGUACUUGUGCGCAAUCACGGCAUUUAUGUGUGGGGGGAUUCAUGGAUCAAUGCCAAAACUCAGUUGUUAACAAGGUUGUUGUUGCAGGUUGAAGAUGAUCUGGAGAAAGGUAUUGAUAGCGCUGUGCCCAUUCCCUCUGAUGAUGCAAGCAAAGAGGAGGUAGUUGCAGCUUUGGUUACUAAUGUAGAAGAGAUGAUAAAAGCCGAUCGGAAGAUCACUGCCUUAAAACAAUUGCAGGGUCAUAUAUGGCGAACUGGAUUUGAAAAUAAUGAAUUGGAAGGAGUAGUUUUUGAGGAUGUGCCUGGAGCUCUUGAGAAAUGGCAUUCUUCAGGAAUAAAGGUCUACAUAUAUUCUAGUGGUAGCAGGUUAGCUCAAAGACUUAUCUUUGGAAAUACAAAAUAUGGGAAUUUACGAAAAUAUUUGUCAGGAUUUUUUGACACUGCUGUUGGGAACAAAAGAGAAACGAAAAGUUACAUUGAAAUCUUCGAGUCUUUGGGAGUUGAUAAGCCAUCCGAGAUUUUAUUUGUAACAGAUGUUUUCCAAGAAGCUGUAGCUGCCAAAGCUGCAGGUUUGGACGUUGUAAUCUCCAUUCGGCCUGGAAAUGGUCCCCUUCCGGAGAAUCAUGGCUUCAAGACAAUCAAUUCUUUCUCGGAAAUCUGAGGUGUCUGUGUGUUUCUGUUUCUUUAUUAUACAAUAUAUUUUGAUAUAGGUUGUGCUCUAUCAGAUCAAACAUAAUACGCAACACCAGUUGUUUCUGAAAUAAGGAGGCAUCUUUUUUAGUUCUCAAACCCUCACUUACAUUGUUCCUUAAAAAAAAAUUAAAACAAAAAACCCUGGAAUUUGAGUCUAUAAACCAAAGGCCAAUUGGUUUACAGAUCAUCCUUCUUGGUAAAAGUUACAAUAAUUGGAGAUUUCCAUUAGCCAAA